UCAUCUCUCUCUCUCUCUCUCAAUUGAUCAGACUGUAUUUAGUCACGAAUCACUUGAAGAAUUUCUGGUUUUUUGGUUAACCGAAAUGGUUUUUGGUGGUUUAGAGGUGGUCCUGGAUCUCUGAAUAUAUUGCUGGAAUUUAUGUGAAAUUAUUGGAGGAGGGGUUCUAGGGUUCUCUAUGGAUGGAGCUUUUUGUCUGAUGUCUAUCCCUUCUCUGUCCAUUGCUGUUUAUGGUUAUGACUCGUAGAUUUGCACUUCUUUCGUGGGUUUGCUUGUUUUGAUCGAUUUCAAGCUUAUUUACCAUUGAUUUGGAUUGUAUUGGAGACCAGGGAUAUGCAUACAACUUUUUAGUAAUUUGUGGUUGUGGGGUUUCUAUAAUUUUUGGAUUUCUGGGUUUUGGGUCCUUUUCUCUUUUGGGUUUUUUGCAAUUGAGGAUUUUGCUUCUCAUUCUCUUCACCUGAAGCCAAUUGUAGCAGCGUUUGAAGGAAAGAGAAAGAGAAAGAGAAAGAGAACAAGAUUGUUUUCAGUUUUGUUAUUAUUAGCUCAUUUUGGGUUUGAAGGGGUUGAUAUUCUGACGGAAUUUUUUCCUCGGGAUUUAGUUGGUUUAGGAUGUGUCCUUGUGCUUGUUGGGAAUAUUGAGUAUCUGCUUGAUUAGGGGUUCUUUCGUUAGGCAGGGCAGAGAGGAAUUGUGUAAAGGGUAAGGAUGGAAGAGGAGAUGGUGUCAGUUGUGGGGAGUCAGGAGAAUAACGUAGAGGACCGAAUGUUUGUGGAAAUGGAAACCGAAGAGAAUGGAAUUGACAGUCCGAGGAAGGAAAUUGAAGGUUUUAUGUCAGAGCAAGGUGAGGGAAGUAACGUGGUAUUCUCUAGAGAAGGACCUCUUGUGAGGAAAGAAUCGAGAUCAUCCAGCGGUUGUUGUUGCAGUGUCAAAAAGCUCAAAUCCAGGGUGGUUGCAGCAGAUUCUGAGGUUGGAAAGAAUGAGAAAUUUGUGCACGAGAAGAAGCUCAGUAGACAAGAGAGGAUCGAUUUGGGUCGGUUGUUUCAGGGUGCAGUGAGUUCUCAUGAUUGGGAGCUUGCGGAGAGUUUGAUCUUGUUGGCAGAUCCACAAACUCUUAAUGAUGCCUUGUGCAUCACGUUGGACUCCAUCUGGUUCCUGACCGCACAGCAAGAGCUUAAUGGGAUAACGGGAUUGAUUAAGAAGAUCAUUGCCAAUGGUGCUUAUGACUUUACAAGAGCUGCUCUUAGGACUUCAUUUCUUGCUUCUUGCGUCUCUGCCUGCCAGAGCCGAACUAUGAGUCUUGCAGAUACAGUCACUGUUAUGGCUCAAAGGUUGCAUGAGCGUCUUCAGGAAUGUAAUGGAGAUGAGGUCUUGAAGGCAGAAGCUGGUGCUAAGGUUCAAAAGUUUACUGAAUGGGCUCUGAAAUGUAUAGGCUUCCAUUCUCGUUGCCAAGGCAAUAAGGAUAGAGUGAGUCACAGCUCUGCGGUUGAGAUCCAACUCCAGUUAUCUGCAUUCAAGACAUUUUUAGAUCUUGUUGGCAACCAACUUACAGGGAAGGACUUCACGGAGGCCUUUGAUGCAGCUUGCUUCCCCCUUACUCUCUUCUCUAGCUCAUUUGAUCCUGGUUGGGCAUCUGGGAUAUCAGCAACUGCAAUCCAAGGAUUGCUGGGGAUGUUGGUAGAGGGGGGUGCUGACAAUGUCAAUCAGUGUUUCCUCGAAGCCUCACGUUUUGGGAGUACAGAACUUGUGCGCAUUUUAUUGCAGAUUGCCCAAAGAAACAGCUUGGAUGUUGACGUUGACCUUGCUUUGGGCUUUGCUUCCCACUACUGCAAGAUUGGCACAAUGGAAUGUCUGGUGGAUGAGGGUAAUGCCAUUGCUUUUUUGGGCCCUUUGAUGAGAGCUGCUGAGAGGGGUUGUCUGCAGGUUGUUGAGUGGUUUGUGAAAAGGAAUUGCCGAGAAAUGGAGCUUUGUCUUGCCCUCACAGCUGCCACUUCAAGCAGCCAAGUAGACAUUGCUGCCUAUCUUCUCCCUCACGUUCCUCAGACUGUGCUUGCAGCACUCAGCAUCGAGAUUCUCAAGGCUGCUGGUGAACGCAGUGGUGGGUCCCUUGAUGGUGUAGCAUUUCUGCUCCAUUCAGACUUCUUAGGUGAUCCAGCAGCUACUUACGCAGUUGCAGACAGUAUAGCAAGGUCUGACGACGAGGCUGUAGCUCCUGAGCUAAGGUCUUUUCUUCAAGAGCAUUGGUCAGAGGCGGCUUUCAUUGAUGGAUUAAGGCAAGGACGAGAGCAUUACAUGAACCUUGUGAGGAUUUUAAAGUGGGGUGGAUCUCCUAUUUGCUUAAGAGAUCUUCCAGGCCCUCUGAGGGUGGCAAUUGCUUACCUGCCACUGUAUAGGGAAAGUAUCAAGGCAGGUGGCUGUAUGUUAUCCCAAAGGCUAAGAGGCCAGCUUGUUGAAGCAGUGACUAGGCUUGGAGGUGGGGUCUUAGAAGAGUUGAACCAGGGCAGAGAACUCCUGGCUGUUUUGGAGCAUCAUCUUCCUCCAUUUUUGGUUCAUAAAUCCACCAGCAUUGCCUAGCAAGAUUUUGCCAUCAGAUCUCUCAUAUUUUUGCACCUUUUUUUAUUUUUAUUUUUAUUUUUUGUUCCCAACCUAUAUGUGCCAUAGAUAAUAAUAACACAACGUUUUUAGCCGGGGAUCAGAUCGGAUCGGAUCGGGCGAAGAAGUAUCCAAGGUUUGCCAAUUUUCUUGCCAUCCUAUGUGCUUGGCUUAUAUUUUAGGUCUCCCUGCACGCUUUCUAUAUAGCAGCAUGUACUCUCUCUCUCUCUCUCUCUCCCUCUCUCUUUUAUAUCUGAUGUGCAAGCUGAUCUAUCGUGUAAGACGAAAGUGCAACUAUUGUCACAAGGGUUGAAAUAUGAUGGGCGUGUAUAUUGGCUAUU